UUUUUUUUACAAAAAUGAUUAAAAAAAAGGUUUUUGCGUGUCACAAAAGAAAAGGUUUAUGAAUCGCGAAACAAAGAUAAUCAAGUAACACACACACGCACGAGUCUUUCAAAAAGAUCAAGUUACGCUCGCUUACCGUUCAUUCGCAGCUAACUGAUUCUCCGACUUCACACGGCAACGAUGGCUGUGAUCUCUGACAUUCCCGACGGCGAUAACGGCGGAGCUCCAAACAAGAAACCGCAAGAACAACCCGAAGAAGUGACUUCUUUGGAAUCAUUACCCGACGUUCUUAUCGAGCACAUCAUCGCAAGAGUCCCGAGAAGUAACCACCCGGAGAUAUCACUCGUCUCCAAACUCUUCCGUCGCAUCAUCGCUUCGCCCGAACUCCGCCUCACGCGAUCGAAACUCGCCAUCACCGAACACGUUCUUUACGCCUUGCUCGCGUUCCCUCCUCAUCCCCCGAGCUGGUACAUCCUCAACGCUUCUUUACGGCUGCGCAGAGUCAACACGCUCCCUCCCAUGCCUUCUGGCUCCGCCGUCGUCACCAUCGGACACGAGAUAUACGUCAUCGGCGGAAGCAACGGCAGCGAAUACUUAGCGAGCGUGACUGUCGUCGACUGCAGAACACACACGUGCCGGUCUCUCCCGAGCAUGAGAAUCGCUCGAUACCGCGCAGCCGCGGGGGUCAUUGACGGGAAGAUCUACGUAAUGGGAGGUUACGUGAAUCGAUCUGGUCGAUUUCGUGUUGAAACGUUUGAUCUUGAGAGACAGAUUUGGCUUGGAUCGCAAAUUAAUUCUCUAUUGAGAGAUAUCGUGACAUAUGAUGUUAUGAAAGAGAAGAUUUAUGUUUUGGGUCGUCAUCAGUGUUUAGGCGUCUACUACCCUAAAGAAGGUACAGUACAAUCAUAUCUUGGUCGAUGUAACUUGGGAGGUUUAUGGCAAGCGUCUUCAUGUGUUGUUGAUGAUAUGUUGUAUACCAUUGAUCCUGGGUGUUCGGUUUGGACUCCAAUAAUCGUGUUUGAUCCAGAGGUCAAUGCUUGGAAACCUGUGAAAGGUGUAUGUGGUUUGCCUCCUUGUCUCUAUUGGUAUGCUUACGAGUCUAAAAUGGCGAAUGUUGGUGGGAAGUUGGUGAUCCUGGUCGGUAAUCAGAGCCAGUUGCUCAAUUAUUACGGGGAGAAAUGUAUCUGGUGCGUGGAGAUAGCUUUGGAGAGACGUCGUGGAUAUGAGAUUUGGGGGAAAGUUGAAACAGUUGAGGUUGUGUUUGAAACUACCGAGUCCAUCACGCCUAUCAUUGAGCUUUGUCGAAGUGUUAUAGUCUGAUGGGUACAUCGGUUUGAUGGGUUUCUUGCAGGUGAAUGAAGGAUCUAAUAUUACAUGUACUUGUUGAUGCAGAGUGGCUAAGAAGCUCUUAUCUGAGGCAUCAUGAGUAACUUGUCGAUCUAUACUUACCAUUGUGGAGCUGCUUUCAUUUUGUGAAGUGGAUUUCUCUGUCUUGUAGAAACUUGUUGAGAUGCAUCUUUUGUUAAACAUCUCUUUGGGGAUUUUGUGUAGUUUGGACUGAAAGAGUACAGUUCUUUUCUAUUUGCUUUUGGAGUUUGUGUUCAGAUGUACAACAAAACCUAGCUUCUACUAGAAAUAUGAAAUAUUGGUUGAUUUG